GAGUAGUGCCAUUUAAGUGAGUCAUCUAACGGCGUGACCUGUAGAAGUAGCACUGAACUUCACUUAGUCGCCAAAAUCAGUUCAACAAAGUCCAUUGCGGCACACUCAUCACUGCCGUGAGUCACUGCUUUAGGAACAGGACUAAACUACGAGAGCACCGGGUUCACUGAAGAAAAGUAGGUGCUUCACAGUUUUGUUUUUUGUUUUGUUUUUUCAUUUUCAUCCGGUUCUAGUAGAACAUCUCGGUAGCGAUGCUUAUAAGGCAUUAGUUACACAGGAGCAUCUAUUUAUUGGACUAUUAAAAGACUACAUAAUUUGGGAGUGCAUAUUUUUUAGUAAUAAAAUAUUAUGCCUGGAUUUAACAUUUAAAAAGUAUUUUGGAAUAUCAUUUUUAGAUUAAGUAUAAAGGAAUCCCUUUGCUUGGAAGUGAUUUUUUUGCCACUGAAGACACUGAUCGUCUGGGAAUUCAUUUUCAACCAUCUGAAAUUUCCUCCUCUUUCCCUGGAUCAUGUACCAGGAUUACACCGGGACAUACGACACAUCCUCCCGCGGCAGCAGCAGCUCACCGGCGCACCCGGACACCAGCCCCAUCCCCGCCUCCAGUUACCAGAAGUACAGAAUAGACAUGCCUGGCUCUAGCAGUGCCUUUAUUCCAACAAUCAAUGCCAUAACUACCAGUCAGGACCUGCAGUGGAUGGUUCAGCCCACAGUAAUUACAUCUAUGUCUAAUCCGUACUCGCGGCCUCACCCGUACGGCCUCUCUGUGUCUAGUGGGCCAAGCCUCCUCGGUCACACAGCCCUCACACGGCCUGGGGUCAUCCGCUCCAUUGGCGAUGCCCGUGGUCGACGCAAACGAGAUGAGCAGCUCACCCCAGAGGAAGAAGAAAAACGGCGAGUUAGACGAGAGAGAAACAAACUAGCUGCAGCAAAAUGUCGGAACCGCAGAAGAGAGCUGACCGAGAUGCUGCAAGGAGAAACAGAGAAGCUAGAAGAGGAGAAAGCUGACCUCCAGAAAGAAAUCGAAACCCUGCAGAAGGAAAAAGACAAGUUGGAAUUUAUGUUAGUGGCCCACAACCCUGUGUGCAAACUGCCGCCCGAAGAACGCCACCAGAACUCACAUUCCCAGCAGUGUGUGCCCCUCCCUCUGACCAUGCGCUCCAACCUGGUUCCCCGCAGGUCAAUGAACACCCUCAACCCAGUGGUGGUUAAACAGGAGCCUUUGGAAGACGACGAUGACGACGAGGAUGAUGACGACGACGAAGAAGAAAAAGUCCAGCAUUCAGUCAUCAAGCCCAUCUGCUUAGGCGGCGGCAUGUAUUGCUCUGAUGGAGACAGCCUCAACACGCCUGUGGUUGCUGCUUCUACACCAGUGUCCACUCCAAACAACCCAAGUCUCAUCUUUACCUAUCCCAGCAUGCUCGAGCCCGAGAGCCCGUCACCCUCGUCAGAGUCCUGCUCGAAAGCCCACCGCCGCAGCAGUAGCAGCGGUGACCAGUCCUCAGAUUCCCUAAAUUCUCCCACCCUGUUGGCUCUUUGAAGGAAAAUUUUGACAUUGCUCAGCUGGGAUUUGAGUCAGAACUUCAUGUCAAGUUGAGAACUCUUAAGGGCUAAUUUGCUCUUUUUAUUUAAACGUUUCAGAAUAAUUUUAUUUUGGUCAGUUGUUGUUUAAAUGUACAUGCAAAUUCCACUCGCUGUAUUAAUUACGAAUAGUGGUGAGGUUUUGUAAUGAAGAUAAAGACGGAGGACAGAUCGCAUCUUUCAUCUUUAGCAUAAGACUCAGAGCAGGUUGCUGUCGGAUGUUUGAUUUAGAAGAUCAAAAAUUGAUUUGUUUUGCUAACUUGAUAAUGCUGGGUACACACACACGCACGCACCCACGCACGCACGCACACACACACAAAUAAUUGGGCUAAUUUUGAGCCCAUUUCUUCCCUUUUGACAAUCUUAGGUAAUGUCCCGAUUUAACUUGGUGGUUGAAAGAUUAUCUUAUCAUAUUCCUGUGGUGUGAGGUGUGUUAAGACUUAAUAUGCUUGGAAGAACGUCGGUGAUCAUGAAUCAUUUAAUAUUUACGAUCAAAUAUUCUGAUGUUUAGGAGUAACCCUGAGGAGAAACGAACAUACGAACUGGAGAUUAUCACAUGAAACAAAACAAUAUCUAAUCAUAAAGCAAGCUGACAGAAGAGGGAAGCAUAAGAAAUAAGCACAGUCAUGGCGGAGCACAAAAAGAAACUAAUUAGCACAGCAGAAAUGGAAGAUCAACUUAUAGAUGUCGAUAAAUGAUGCCAAUGUUUAUGCAGUUAUUUGUCCGCCAUGUUUGUUCUCUAGUCUCAAUAGACUCUGCAAGAUUUGAAAAAAAAAACAAAAAAAACGAUCUGUUAGUGUGUGGUGUGCUGUCUCAUGGUAAACCACACACUAUGCGAACAAAACAAUGAAUUCUAACCAUUUUCAACACAAUCUCAUGGCAAUUCGUAACUUUUUGAUUUCAGCUUGAAGAUUAAGUCGAUAAAUGAUGUUGAUGUUUAUUCAGUUAUUUGUCCGCCAUGUUUGUUCGCUAGUCUCAGGUGAUUCUGCAAGAUUUGAACAGUUGAUCUGUUGGUGUGUGGUGUGCUGUCUCACGGCACGCCACACACUAUACAAACAAAAUGGUGAAAAUCUAAUAAUGUUCGAAACUUGGGUCAAUUCAUAACUUUUUGAUUUAGUGGAAGAUCAGCUUGUAGAUUUAUGUCGAUAAAUGAUGUCUAUGUUUAUUCAGGUAUUUGUCUACCAUGUUUGUUUAUUAGUCUCGAGAGAUUCUGCAAGAUUUGAACAGUUGAAGAUCUGUUGGUGUGUGGUGUGCUGUUUCACGGCAUGCCACACUCUAUGAACAAAAUGGUGAAAUCUAAAAAAAUUUCGUAACUUGGGUCAAUUUAUAACUUUUUAUAAAGAUUUGUCGAUAAAUGAUGUUGAUGUUUAUGCAGUUAUUUGUCCGCCAUGUUUGUUCUCUAGUCUCAAGACAUUUUGCAAGAUUUGAAAAAUUAACGAUCUGUUAGUGUGUGGUGUGCUUUUUCACGGCAUGCCACAUACUAUACGAGCAAACAGUGAAAUCUAAAAAUGUUCGUAUCUUGGGUCGAUUCGUAGCUUUUUGAUUUGUCAAUAAUGUCAAUGUUUAUUGAGUUAUUUGUCCGCCAUGUUUGAUCUCUAGUCUCAAGAGAUUCUGCAAGAUUUGAACAGUCGAUCUGUUGGUGUGUGGUGCGCCGUCUCAUGGCAUGCCACACACUAUACGAGCAAGUUGGUGAUAUCUAAUUUUCGUAACUUGGGUCAAUUCGUAACUUUUUGAUUUAGUGGGUAGUUAUUAUUUCUUUGUACGAUCUCAUUUGUAAUUAGUACAACUUUCUCAUUUAGGUUUAGGUGUGGAUUGGGGGCACGCAUCCCUUUAAAAAUCAUACAUAUGAUCAAUUUGUAUAAAUUAGGCACUUUUCUGAUAAUACGUAAAAGAGUUAUGUAUCCUCGUGAGAUCGGGAUGGAUUUUUUUGUCCCUGUUUGUGUGGUCUCUAAUAAGAUUUCAAUAAAAUCAUCUUUUAGUGUGUACCCAGCAUUAUUAAAGAGUGGGAUUGCCUGAAAAAUUCUCGAUAGGUACAGAAUCAGGACACUAGCUUAGAUAGCUGCCCUAAAACAUCAUCACCUUUGUAUGUGUACGUCUGAAUAUUGUCGCAUUGUAUUUUGUGCUCUGCUGUUUUUAAUAUUUAGGGUUCACUGGAUGAGCCUGACUGCUAAAUGUUGAAAGAACCAACUUGUAUAAUAAAAUGAUGACCUUUGUCGAUAUUUUGUAUAUGCGACGCAAGCACUAAGGAUAGAUUGCCAAAUUUACAUAGCUUUUGUUAUGUAAAGUUAAACAAACAAAGAAAAAAAAAACACUUUAUUGCAUCAGCAAAUCUACUGUCAGGGAUUUUCUUCUGUGUCAGCGAGCCAUACAAGCAUUACUAGAAGCAAUUGCACACAGAACACAAUAUAACAGUACAUGAGGGAAACUAGCCAUAUUGGGCUCUGCCUCCAACCCUGACAUGGCAAUACUGCUUUUGUAUUGGUGCACACUGUGGUUUUCGAAUAAAGAUAGCAAACUAUGUAUUACUUUUAUAAUAUGUACUUUUAUGUCGGCCCCUUUUCAGGGUGCAGUUUAAAUGAAUAUAUAUCUAUGAACUCUUCUCCCUGAAACACUGGUUGGCACUGAUUACUGCACUUUGUUGCAAACUUACAAUCAAAUAAAACACCAUUCCUUGUGAUGAUUGAUAAAACAGGGAAAGCAAAAUGACAAAAGGUGGGUGUUUAGACACUGAAUAAAUAUCCAAAUUGCAAUCGGAAUGGACACUGAACUUCAGAGAGGUUACUAUUACCGCAGUAAGGUGAGGAAAAAUAGAGUAUUUAUUGAACAGAAACUGAGCUCAAAUGUGGCCUCUACUUGAAGGACUUUGUUUGGAAGAAUCCAAAAGAGUUUUAGUGUUUGUUAAAAACAAGGAUGAGCGAUUCUAUGUUCCACCAUCCAAAAGGAAACUGUUUGAAGACUGUGUGCUGUAAACUGUUCUCUGUUUGUCUUUGAACCUUGUGUAAUUUGAGGAAGCCACCUAUACAGCUUUCUGCACAUGUACUGCUUAUCAGUCAAUGUAUUUUCUCUCUCCCUGUCUGUCUCUUUCUAUCUCUUUUUUAUUGCUUUAACUGUUGUUGGAAGACAGAAAACAACCUACAAAAACAGCAAUAUGUGUUUGUUUCUUUGGUAAUUUAAAUUUAUUAUAAUGAUAAUAAUAAUAAAAAACAUUUAAAAAGUGUUAUUUUUGGAUAGUCGUACUUUGCUGUGCACAGUGUUUGGGUUUGCUGGAUAUAUCAUUGUUACGAUGUGGUGCUUGUUUCUUUACGUCUGUUACAAGAUGGCAGAAUGCACCUGCUUUAUGCGUCAUAUAUCUCUUAUUUACGCACAUCGUUUUUAAAACGCCCUAAUAUUGUUCUGUGAAAACUAGCAUUUGACAUCGUCAUUGCAAUAAGAGUCGUUAAUAAUAAUAACGACAAUACAAGACAUCAAAAAUAUGUUUUUUUGUUUUGACAUGAAUACAUUCAAUCAGCAUAACAUAAAUGGCGUUGAUGAAGUAAAGGAAACAGGAAGCACUUUAUGCAAAACAAAACACGCUAAUGCUAAUUAAUGCUAAUUUGGGCACACAUUAUACUAAAUUGUUUACUUUUACUUUAUACACAGUACAUUUCAAAUGACAUCCAAACUGAUGUUUCGAUUAAAGGUGCAUUCUUUAUCUUGCAUUAUUAUGAAAAAAGACCCAUUGUCUAAUUUCAACUGAUCAAAUUUUGUAAUGAUUAUGUGCAAGGUUGAAAGUUAUUUGCCAAGUUGAAAUUUUGGUAAGAAAUAAAUGAGUUUCAAAAACGUUCAUGGCUGUUUUGCAGUUGUGUAUUGACUUUUAGGCCCAAUGCAUCUGUCGGUGUGGAAAUCUUAUAUUUUAAAUAAAUAAUUCAUUUUAAAGUUAUGAAA